UUUCACCACCUCCGAGGCCUUCUCCUCCGACUAAAAAAAGAAUAAGAAUCCAAUUCCAAGGCCUCCUCGCUUCCUUCUCACGCAACCUUCGAUCCACCGCAGCUAUGAAGAUCACCGCCUUGCUCGUUCUCAAGUGCGCUCCCGAAUCUUCCGAACCUGUCAUCCUCUCCAACGCUUCUGACGUCUCUCACUUCGGUUAUUUCCAGCGAUCUAGCGUCAAGGAGUUCGUCGUCUUUGUCGGUCGCACUGUUGCCAGCCGAACCCCUCCUUCCCAGCGCCAGUCCGUCCAGCACGAAGAGUACAAGGUUCACGCUUACAAUAGGAAUGGCCUUUGCGCGGUUGGGUUCAUGGACGAUCAUUAUCCUGUUCGAAGUGCUUUUUCUCUUCUCAAUCAGGUCCUAGAUGAGUACCAGAAGAGUUUUGGUGAGACAUGGAGGUCUGCAAAAGAAGACUCCACUCAGGCUUGGCCUUAUUUAACCGAAGCUUUAAACAAAUUUCAGGACCCAGCAGAGGCUGAUAAGCUCUUGAAAAUCCAGAAGGAGUUGGAUGAGACUAAGAUUAUCCUUCAUAAAACCAUUGAUAGUGUUCUAGCCCGUGGUGAGAAGCUGGACAGCCUAGUGGAGAAGAGCUCAGAUUUGAGCAUGGCAUCGCAGAUGUUUUACAAGCAAGCAAAGAAAACGAAUUCAUGCUGUACUAUUCUGUGAGCUGCAACUCUGGAAGUCCUGGGUAUAUAUAUCAACCAAACUUUUGGCUGGGGAGAAUCUGUUUUUACUUUUUAUAUACACAUAUAACUUCGUCUCUGUAGUUUGCAUGCAUUUUGAAAUUCCAUUAAGACUCAAGUCGUGUGGUGUGUUUGAUCCAAAUACAUAAUGUCACUUAUGCAAGAAUUCAAUUUGUCUCUGGCAGCUUAA